GUGAGAAGGAGGGAGUUCGUGCCUGGUUCCUGGUCCCUUGCAGGUGAUGAACACGAGACGGACCGAAACCAGUCGUCAACCAGAAGCUUUGCUCGCAGCUCUCACAGCAUACCAGGUACAGCUCCGACUUCAGCUCCAUUUCCUUGCUCUCCGAUUCAUCCAUUAUCGGAGUCAUCGGAACGUCCGGUUGAGGGAUCCCAUCAACGACCAUUCCACGUCCAAUAUUCAACGUCGUCGCCGGUCGCGAGCGGAGAGCGAACUCCUAGACCACGUUGAUUCAUGUCUCAUCGAAGCGCCGGAGCACGCCACUUCACUCCAUCCCACACCACGCCUAUCCCAGGUUUCCGGCGCCUCAGAUACGAUGCGACGAGUGCACCCAACCAAAAAAAAAGAAAGCAAAAGAGCCAGAGGUGAUGACAGAUUUGGAGCCAGCCUCGAGGCGAAGGGUAGCGAUGGGAGAUGCCACAGCGGCGGCCACCAUCUUGACCGCCCCGCAUCAUCAUCAUCACCAUCACUGGAUCUGAAAGUCUACGAGACAGAAGUGGCGUGAAACUACAGGGUUUGUAGCGUGCACGCCUCCACCUCCUCCUCAUCUUCCUCCUCCUCCGCUGUUGAGGGAUGGGUGUGGAUAGUGCAACACACUGGUGCUGACACGGACAAUCUUCAAAAAUGUCCGCGGUAACUUUCCUGCGGACUCCAGGGUCGUCAAAUCGUGGGGAAGAGGAGGGAUGUGGGUGACCACACAAUCACCAUACAGUCCACACUCCCGCAGUGCGUUAUCGUGAUUCUGUGUGCUAUAUCCCCGACACCGAAAAUGCCAUCCAAGCGAGAGACCUGAGCCCGGUCAGCACUGACCUGGACAUGACGGACUCCAGCUGGAGCGUGGUCUAGAUUCC